AUGACGAUCGCAAAUCCUACAGAUGUCGUUCACACCGUCAACCUCGUCACGCAGGUUCUGUGUAUGCCGAUAACAUCCGCUUUUGUGGCGUUACGAUGGUAUACUCGAAUUCGAUUCAAGCAGAGUAUAGGAGUGGAAGAUUAUGCGUGCACUGUGGCUUGGGCCCUAUUCAUGGGUUACUGCGGAAUCAGUAUCGUCGUCGGCAAAUAUGGCGGCGGCUAUAACAUCGACGAUGUCUCAGCGGCCAACAAAGUCCAGUUCAAAAAGUUCUGCUACAUCGCCACUAUCCUUUAUUGCCCAAUGGCCCUUUUCGUCAAAAUCGCUCUCCUGUCUAUCCUCACGCGCAUCUUCAAGCCCUACCGUGGCAAGGUGUGGUUCAUCUAUGGUUUCCUCGCCUGUCUUUGCACAUACUAUACCGUCGCCUUAAUCGUCAAGAUCCGCAUGUGCGGUCCAAUUCCGAGAUACUGGCUCGGAGAGAAGGUGGAAGGUACUUGUCUCGACCAGACUGCCGCUCUGAUUGCCGACUCGGUAAUUAGUGUUGUCAGCGAUAUCAUCAUUCUCAUUCUCCCGUUGCCGUUGACUUGGUCCUUGCAAAUGUCCCGAAACCGAAAGCUCCGUGUCAUCGGUAUCCUUAGUGCCGGCGGUUUGGCCACCGCGUUCAGUCUGUACCGAUUGGUGCUGGUGUUGAAGGAUGGCAGCUCUGACAAUCAAACUAUUGUCUUCAUGGACGUUAUUCUGUCGGGUAAUGCCGAGGGUGGUGUCGGGUUGAUUUGCGCUUGUCUUCCCGUUCUCAAUGUCCUCAUUGUGUAUUACCGGAAGAACUACUCGUCUCAAAAGUACUACAACCAGAGCUCCGAGCUCCAGCUGGCUGACCGGACGAACGGGACCAAUUCGAAGCCCACGUGGGAGAAGGCACCCAACUUUGGCGACCAGAGCCAUCUGAUUACUUAUGCUGGCGGUCUGGAGGCGAAUGAGUCCGGUGUUUUCGAUGGAAUUCGAAAGACCGUCGCCGUGGAGCAGACUGUCGAGAGUGCCAGUGCUGAUAGUGGCAGCCGAUAG